AUGCCCUGCAUUUUGCCCAUCCGUUCUGGCCCCCGCGGAUUACCAGCUUUUGGCAAAACUCUCUUGGUCCCUUGCAAGUAUCUUUGCUGCCCGAAGUGGGUGCAGAGGUACUUCUGGAUCAUGACUCUUCCCCUGUUACGGUGUAGGUAA